AUGGAAAUUGGUGAUGUUGAUAUUUCGAAAAGAAGCUUUCACGUGCAGACGCGUCACUAUUCACUGGCACGGACAAUUCACCAGGAGAGUCGAGUACUUCCUAUACAAAGCAAACCCCUCAAGCAUUACGAAGGCCAUUUGUAUCUUCAGAAAAACCUGGACACUUCAAGCUCUGCCGACAGCGACAUGCCGUGUCGUGUGAGCGGGGCUAGGUUGCCAUUAGGUGUCCAUGUCGUAAGAAUACGAGCGCCUGAUUGUGUAGCAGCUGAAGGAUCUACACAAGAGCUUUACGCCUCCAUAAAAGUUACAGCUUCCAUUCAACAUUCUUUGGGAAGUGAAACUGAGCUGAGACCGUCUACAUCAUCCGUCACGCUUGAGGUCCCGGUGUUAGCGUGUACUAUUUGCGAGGAGGUGUCUGGAUGCCAGCCGAGACUGACCACAGACGACAUAACCUCAACAAUGUUAAGCAGCAUUCUCCAGGGUAGCGGAAUUCCCAAAGGUCUUACUGCAUCUGUUGCAUCGUGUGAGUCGUUGUCUCCGCCGUGUGUAGUAGUGAGUGGGAAAGGGGUAGAUUGCACGAGGAUGCAUGGCGGUGCGCGAAGUAGAGGUGUUGCAACAACGAGAUUCAGACAGCGAUGGGUGUGGUUCAUUGAUCUAACACAGCUUUCGCCGCAAGACAGUACAGUCCUGAUUGACCAAACCACAGGAUGGAUCUUAGUUCCCACGGCAUUAAAAUGCCAAUACGAUACAUUUCCUUUGCACAGUAGCGUCCCAUCAAUAUCGCAGCGCACCACGUGUGAGGCUUUAACUAAAAGAAGGGGUCUUUUUCAUAGUGGUGAGAAAGGCAGUCCCAUCGUGAAGCAACGACGGGUUGUGUUGCUGAAUGACGUAUUGGCGCUUAACCAUUUAAUCCAAAAGACUGAUGCUGAAGGGGGUGGUUGCAUAAGUGCUGAGAUUCCGGUAUUGAGUUUUAAGCUAGUGUCGAUUAAUCUACGCAAACGAUCACAUCGGGGAUAGGGGAGGAGCGUAAAGAGGGAGGUAGCACUCUGUGCUUUGCGCCUAUGCUUUUUUUUCUUUUUAGGGAAGAAAGACUGUUUAAUUAGACAGAAGUUAUGCUAUAGUCAUACGAUGAAUUCAUGACAUGACUCUUCAACGUCAAGGAGAAAGGGAGAUUCCCUUUCAAUUCUCUUUUUGUGCUCUAUAUAAUUUCCUAUUACUUUGCACUCUUUCAAAUGUCUUCUUUUGUGUAUUCAGAUUUAAUGUCUCUGUGGGUUUCCGUAUAGCACCGAGGAGAUCUUUCGGAUCACAUUUCACGGUGGACAUAAUGGCUAAGGGAACGCUCUCUGCAAGAUUUUCGAUUUAUACAA